AUGGCGGAGACUGGCACAAGCCGCCCGCCCGCCUCUGGCACCGACUCCGGUGACUUCCUGGAGCUCCUAGGUUUCUGCGCGCGCGCGGAGACCCUCAUCGCUGAGCUGCUCCUGCUGUCCGACCGCGCACCUCCGCUGUUCGCAGACCGCCGCUUCGACCCCGUCCUCUUCGACUUCCGCUAUCCCAAUCUGGAGCAGAUAUGUGAGCUCUGUCGUCGGCAUGUGCCGACCCCGGGUACUUCUGCUAGUCCUGGUUCAUCACCAUUUAGCUCGGACAUUAUUUCUAUUCAGAAGUCUGAGGACCUACUCAGGAGGUUUCUAUUGCCCGAACCUGUUGUGAAUGCUGUCAUAACCUGCUUGAGAAAUGGGGAUGUGUACAACAACAUCCGCUUCUAUCCUGAUCCGCAGCACCGGACUACUGCUCUGUCCCUGCAAGGUGGACAUCUAGGUUUGGCUAUGCGGGAGAUUGUUGACCGGUUCUUCAAAGACAACUGGGUGGUUCCCAUAUUCUUGCAUUUCUCAGUUGAUUUACUUGUCUCUUGGGAUGCAUACAAAGAAGCAAAGUCAUCAUUAGUUUCCUGCCUUUCUCCCACUUCCAUUCGUGAUAUCAGUCUUCACCAUUAUACAAAGGUUCCUUAUUUUUUAGCUCACUUGGAUAUUCACAUGCAUGCCAUAAACAAGGAGUAUGUGCUCAAUAAUUCUCAGAGUCUUCUUUCUGUCAUUAGAGAAUGCAAUUUCACUCUCCGUUGGCUUUUGCUUCACCGCAUGAACAAUCUGGCUAUAGAAGGCCUGAGGAGGCAGCAGUGCGAUCAUUUCUCUAGAAGAGAUUCUGACCAAAGACAAGAGAUGUUGAUGCCGAGAUAG